AUAAUAAAGGCUUCAAAUUGUAUAAAACAAGCUUAGGUGAAAUGAGUUUUCUCAUUUUCACCACAAUCUCUUUAUUCUACAGUGGAGCCAUAAGUUUCUAUAGCUAGUUAAUCGCCAUGCAGAAGAAGCAGGAAGAGGGAGCAGAGGCAGCGGGGUACUAUUGGUUGGUGAAGUGGAGGGUCCAACUUUUGGGGAGGCAAUGGAACUUCAUGGACAUAGCCUCGGUGGUUGUCAUUUUGGCGUUGCAUUGCCUUGCUCUUUUAGCACCAUUCCAGUUCAAUUUGAGUGCUGUUUGGUUGGCCAUGGCUCUGUAUGUUCUUACAGGUCUUGGUGUAACUUUGUCUUACCACAGAAACCUUUCCCACAAAAGUUUUAAGCUUCCCAAAUGGCUUGAAUACUUUUUUGCCUAUUGCGGCACUCUGGCACUUCAGGGAAGUCCACUUGAAUGGGUGAGCACUCACAGAUACCACCACCAAUUUACCGACACGUGGAACGAUGCUCAUAGCCCUAUUAAGGGAUUCUGGUUUAGUCAUAUUGGUUGGAUCUUUGAUUAUGGUUCUAGGUUUGGAAGUACUGAAGGACGACUAAACAACGUUGGAGAUUUAAGAAACCAGCCCUACUAUAUAUUUCUUCAUUGUACAUACCCUUUUCACUCACUUGCGCUAGGAUUUCUACUGCAUGCCGUGGGAGGCCUGCCGUUUUUGGUUUGGGGCUUGGGUGUGAGGACAAUACUUUAUCUCCACGUUACUUUUGCAAUAAAUUCAAUUUGCCACACAUGGGGAAAGCAAGUAUGGGAUACUGGUGAUUUGUCCAGAAACAAUUGGUUGUUUGGAUUGCUAGCACAUGGAGAAGGUUGGCAUAACAAUCAUCAUGCUUUUGAGUACUCAGCUCGACAAGGCUUCGAAUGGUGGCAAAUCGAUCUUACUUGGUAUGUCAUAAGAGUUCUUCAAGCUGUUGGUUUGGCAACAGACGUGAAACUCCCAACAGAGACUCAGAAGAAACGGAAGGCUUUGUACAAGAAAAAAAUCAGCAAGGACAGGCUUGAAACAAUAGUCAACAAUGGAAAACUCUAAUCUAAACAAUUAAAUAAUGGAGACUCUAAUUUCAGCUAUGAAUAUUUUUGCUAUUGCUUUGUAAGAUGCCUUUAUUAUAGUUUUUUCUAAUAAAAAUAUGCAAGGAAUGUAAGUAUUUUUAGCAUUGUUAUUUGUUCACACAAGCAAGAAUUAAUACUGCUGGGCCUAGAGACACCAAGGAGGUUGUCAACUUACAAAUUAAGAACCAGCUCAUCAAACGGGCUGUGAAAAAAGUGGCAACCAAUAGAGAGCCCAAGCCCAAGAGCAGCCAAGCAAGCUGGAAAUUAGAUGUGGUGUAUCAAAACCUAGAAGGAGCAAUAGGGUGGCGCAUGCACUUGCUCAAUUUUGGUUUGAAGGAGGGCACAAGGUUUUUGUGUGAAGAUGUUGGCUAGAUUCAAGUCUGGAUCAAGAUAUAUAGGGAAAUGUCCUGGAUUGUAUUUUUGAUAUAUGUGUAAUUGGGAGGGCAGUGAUACUCUUUUUCCUUAACUGAAUUUUCAAGUUGGAUAAGGCUUUGUAAGGUUAAAAUAACUGAAUUUUCAAGUUGGAUAAGGCUUUGUAAGACAAUGUUUU